CCCUCUCCCCGCCCCCGCCUCCGCGCGCCAUUCCUCGCCGUCCUCCGGCCGUGCGCCCCGCCAGCCGCGUCUCAGCCAUGGCAGGCCUGGGGCCGCGACCCGCCAAGGGCUACCGGGUGGUGCUGCUCGGGAGCGUGGCCGUGGGCAAGACGGCGCUGGCCACGCAGUUCGCCUGCGGCAGCUUCCCGGAGCAGUGCGAGCCGUCGGUGGAGGAGCUCUUCAGCAAGGUGAUCGAGGUGAACGCGGCGCCCGCCCUGCUGGAGAUCGUGGACACCGUGGGCGCCGAGCACCUGGUCACCCUCAAGGACCUGUACAUCAAGAACAGCGACGGCUUCGUGGUGCUCUACAGCGUGUGCAGCGAGGCCUCGUUCGAGGCGGUGCGGCCGCUGCGGGAGCGCAUGGGCCGGCUGCGGGGGCCCAAGGCCGUGCCGCUCGUGCUCGUGGGCACCAAGGCCGACCUGGACGCCGAGCGCCAGGUGCUGACGGCGCGGGGCCGCGCGCUGGCCCGCGAGUGGCGGUGCCCGUUCCUGGAGGUCACGGCCAAGAGCAAACUGAUGGUGGACCAGGUGUUCACGCAGGUGGUGCGCGAGGUGGAGGCCCUGGCCCCGCCCGAGGAGCGGGCCCCGGCGCUCCCCACCAAUGCCCAGGACACGUGGCCCUCGGAAAGAUUCAUUGGCUGACGCGCAAAGGUGACUUUUUAGCGUGUUUGGCGCGUUUCUGAUUUCUGAAGCUCAGUCCUCCUUCCCUGCCUUUUUAAAGAAAGUUUUCGGGCCCAAGACAAGUGAUGAUGGCUUCUGUGUCGGAACUCAAACCAGCGCUUUGGACUGUUGGCCUGAAAACUUGGCCACUUUGUUUAGCUCUUACAGGGCUCUAGGAAACCCAAAAUCCGUAUUGUUUUCCUGGAUGGGGAGUCCCAGCCUUUUCUUCACACGGGAUUUGUUACAGGAUUCUCUUUUUUUUCCCCCCUUUUGAUAAUGAAUGCCUUCGAAUGCACCAGACCUUUGAAAUUGAUUGAGGAACAGGAACUAAAGACUUUAAGCCUUGGAUUCUGUGAGGUUUUCAUGUGUUUCCCUCUCAUCCACAGCCUUGCAUUGCAGCAGUAAUAUUUUCCUCUCUGUGUAUUUCUAAAUAUAGUUAUGACAUACACAGCGUUGGUUUGAAAGGGAUAUUGUAUACCCUGGGAGGGGAACACGUAACUGCUCACACACAGCUCAGCCUGCCUUCAGCUCUGUAAUUGACAUCUAGUCGAUGUUGAAUCUGUACACCGAGUGAAAAUAAAGUGAUUUUACAAGGUGA